AUUAUGGGUAUUAACAACAUCAAGUACAAAGAAAACAUUACUGCUUCCAUACUCGAAUUAGAGAGCAAAAAGCCUAAUUCAGCAACACCAACAAGAAUAUUAAUUGAAUUGGAGGAUCUUAUUCUCAAUGAUUGGAAGCAGGAAUCCAAAAAAAGUGAUUUCAACAUUGAAGUUUUUAAAAACGGUUGGAAAAGAAGAAUCAAGAAAUGUAUACAUCCUACUACUCACAACUCCCCUCUUUCAGAAAAAGCCUGGAAAAAGAUUUUAGAAAAGGCACCAAUUACUUCAACACCACCAUCAACAAAAGCUUCAACAGCUAAAACUGACAGCAGCGAUAGAAGUUCAAUAUCUUCCUUAAAUUACCAACGUUUUCUUUCAACAGAAGAUAUGUUAGCUUUUAAGAAAAAUUACGAAAACAUCAAGAAUAACAAAUGGAUCCUCAAGUCUGGAAGGGCAGUAGAAGACAUUAUCUUCGAAAAAGUCAAAGAAUUUACUCGUGAACAUCCCGGACACUGCUUUAUUCUUGAUACUACUGAUAAUGUGUGGAAUGAUGUGUUCACAAAAGAAGAAAUGAAAGAAGUUGAAGAAAAAGCCGAGGCCGAAGAAUUUGAAGAAGAACUGCCCGAAGAUAUUAUAAAUUGUUUAGGUAAUUUAGAUGGAAAGAAAACUUUCCAUGAUAUUUAUUCAGCAUUUAAAGGUGUUAAGGUUGACCGUUACGAGAAACCUGAAAUUUAUUGGUGCGUGCAAAGCGUUUUAAAUUUUAUUGAUUUAUUUUAUAAUACUAGUACUAUCAAUGUAACAACGGAACAAGACUUGCUUGAUGAUGUUUACGGGUUUAUAAAAAAAAGCAAAACUAUUAGUAAACUUUCAACAUCAAAUGGAUCAGGUAGCGCAGCUUCUUCCGAAGCCAAAAACAAAAAAAGAAAAAUCAGCGGCAAGGAAUGCCUUUCUCGACAGAAGAAUGCUUAUUGUUUCGACUUGGUAUUUAAACGAUUAAAUACUGAAAUUGGUUGUUUAGAAAUUGGUUUGGAAUAUGAAGGGCAAAAUGGUACGAAGUUCUUGCAAAAAAAGGGAUUAAAAACCCUACGGAUGAUGAAGGCUUUUUCUUUACAAAUGAUCGAGCAAUAUCCUACUAUUGAUAUUAAUAAGGUCAAAAUCGUAGGUAUGGUUAUCAGUGGAAUGUAUUUAUCCUUCUUGAAAUUGAAGUAUGUUGGCUCUGUUGCUCUUUUGUCUUCUUCAGGCGGACUUAAAAUGCCAGAAGCUAUUAAUGAAGUCCCUUCCUUCCUUCCCCCUGUACUUGCCGUUGUGUACAAUUGUGCACAAAUUAUGAAACGUACUAGUUCUCAUUUGGAGGAAAUUUCCUCAGCUUUUACUUUUACAAAGCCAAAGGCUAAACCUUCCUUCCCUCCUUGCUUUUUCGCAGGAGAAAAUAAUUGAAAAAAAAAGUAAUUAUGAAU